AUGCCAUCGGCCAUUCCUGAUAAUGGCACUCGCCAAUAUAAUUCGCUGUGUGAUAGGACGAAUGACCACUCUGAGUCAACUCUUCAAAGUGACUCAAUCCCUCCCCAUCCUCUAGGACUCAAGCCUCUAGGCAACCAGUACCUCUUUACAGGCCGUAAUGCUAGGCGGUCAAUCGGAGCAUGGAGGCUUCUCCCAGACGAAGUCGUCUCGCUUGUGUUUGAGCAGUUUGACGCUGAGGCCCUGCUGAAGCUUGGACACACAUGCAAGUUUUUCUAUGCUUUUUGCCACUCAGAUGAAUUUUGGAAACCCAUAUUCUUGCAGUCACCACCAAAGGAUAGCAAGGAUAUUCGAUGGCAAGGGUCAUGGAGGUCAACUGUUCUAGGACUCCCAAGUGACCAACAAAUCAGUAUCGACUGCAGCAACGUCUUCUCAGAUGUCCUCCACCGGCCAUUUGCUUGCAGUCAUGUCAUCCUGUCCCAGUUCACCUCAAAUAUUCCCAAGGCAAACCAGAUCCGCCGCUUGGAGAAUUUAACCUACGACCAGUAUGCCGAAAAGUGGACUGAACAGCCAUUCAUCCUCACCAAGUGCAUCCAGGAAUGGCCAGUAUUCAGCGGAUGGACUAUUGAUAGCUUACUUGAGAAGUAUGCCAAUAUCGACUUCCGCGCCGAGGCUGUGGAUUGGCCGUUUGCAACCUACUAUAACUACAUGAAGAACAAUAGAGACGAGAGUCCUCUGUAUCUGUUUGAUCGUAGGUUUGUGGAGAAGAUGGGCUUACGGCUGGCCGAGAAGGAAAACUCGGCAUACUGGAAACCGGAGUGCUUUGGGCCUGACUUGUUCGAGGUUCUUGGGGAUGAACGGCCUGCCCAUCGUUGGCUAAUUGUUGGUCCCGAGCGAAGUGGUUCAACCUUCCAUAAAGACCCCAACGCGACAAGUGCAUGGAACGCUGUGAUCCAGGGGAGCAAGUACUGGAUCAUGUUCCCUCCCACAACACAGGUUCCCGGAGUCUACGUCUCCGAAGACAGCAGUGAAGUAACUAGUCCCCUCAGCAUAGCUGAAUGGCUCCUCACCUUCCAUGAAGAAGCACGCCAGCUUCCCGAUUGCAUCGAAGGCAUCUGCGAGGCGGGCGAGAUCCUGCAUGUUCCAAGUGGAUGGUGGCAUCUGGUAGUCAACCUCGAGAGUGGCAUUGCUCUUACACAGAAUUUCGUGCCGCAGAGCUUGAACCUUUUGUCAGAAGUCGUUUCCUUCCUCCGGGAUAAGGCUGAUCAGGUCAGUGGUUUUGACGACAAGGUUACGAACCCAUCUGGACUUUUCAUGGAGAGGAUGAAGAGUAGCUAUCCGGAAGUCCUUGAGAAAGCACUGGAUCUGGCGGACAAAAAGAGCGGAAAGAAGCGCAAAUGGGAUGCUGCUGUUGGCGCAGCAGAUGACGAGCAGCAGAGUGGAGGCGGUGGUUUCAGCUUUGGGUUUGGAGGUGACGACGACGAUGAGAUACCCUAG